AUGCGGAGAAAUCAGUCAAGCACUAUAACAUUCAUCCUCCUAGGAUUUGGAAAUCGCCUAGAACUGCGAAUUAUCCUCUUCAUGUUAUUUUUAGCAAUCUAUAUUUUGGCUCUUAUGGGGAACCUCCUAAUCAUUGUACUAGUUAAAGCAGACCAGCACCUCCACACUCCCAUGUAUUUUUUCCUAAUGAAUUUGUCUAGCUUGGAGACUUGCUACAUUUCAACCAUUUUACCCAGGAUGCUGACCAGUUUCCUAACAGGUGACAGAUCCAUAUCAGUUGGGGGCUGUAUUACCCAAUAUUACUUUUUUGGUUUCUUUGCAGCCACUGAAUGUUACCUUCUGGCCAUGAUGUCAUACGAUCGUUAUUUGGCAAUCUGCAAACCUCUACACUACACGUCUCUUAUGACUGGGAAGCUCUGCUUGCAAUUGGCUUCUACAUCUUGGAUGAGUGGCUUACUGACCAACACCAUUAUAACCUCUUUUAUGUUACAAUUAACAUUUUGUGGACCCAAUGAAAUUGAUCAUUUCUUUUGUGACAUAUAUCCCAUCUCAAACCUCUCCUGUAGCAAUCCUUAUUUUGUAAAACUUGCAACUUUCAUUCUCGGCCUUAUGGGAACAGUCCCUCCUUUUGUGCUAACAUUGACUUCCUAUAUCUGCAUUAUUUUCACCAUCUUGAGAAUUCAGUCCAAAAGUGCACAACAGAAGGCCUUCUCCACCUGCUCUUCCCACCUCAUUGUUGUGACCCUCUUCUAUGGUUCGAUAUUCCUUGUCUAUAUUGUUCCUGAAACUAUGACCCUGAAGGAGCUACACAAAAUGUUCUCUUUGUUAUAUACAGUUCUGACCCCCAUGCUCAACCCACUCAUAUAUAGCUUGAGAAACCGAGAGGUGAAGGAAGCAUUUUACAGAUGCACCAGGAAAUUUAGCAACAGAGUUUCUUAA